GAUCAAAUUGCUAUUUACAUUAAAUAAAGGAACUUUUAAGAAGGCAAAAUAUCAAUUGCCUGCAAAUGGGAGUCAAAAUACAAGUAUGCGUCUAAAACAGCUUUAAAUGUAAGAGAGGUAGAAAUAUUCAAAAUUUUACUGCAUUUAGUGCGGAAGACUGCACAAGCUCGUAUCAGGUGUCUCUCCUAUAUGCAAAUAACCGCACAACAGUGGCUAUCGCAUGCAAGUUUUAAAAACACACUGGAAAAUUGCAUUUGUAAUGAAAAAUAGUCAAUGUUAAACUAUAGACAUCGCAAAAGAAAGACUACUAAUAUUAAAGGUGUAUUUUUAGCAGUCUAAUAUAAGGUUUAAUAGUCUAGCUUUAACAUGCAGUCAUAAGUAUAAAUAUUAAUAAUAAUAGAAAACCUGAAAAGAAUUGUUAAUUAUAUCAUGAAGGCGUGUUAUUGUCUGUUAUAAUUUAUAUUUUGGGGAGUGUCGUAGUGCUUAUAUUCAAUAUCACGAAGUGGGGUUGGCUGUUUUGAUAUAACGCAAUAGUAGGUAAUAGUGUCAGGUGAGCAUUUUAUUCCAAUUCAGUACUAUGCUCAGGAUCGAUGCUUGCUUGCUUGAUUGAUUGAUCGAUUAGCUGGACUAAGGGGACACGACAAAUUUAGCUCUCCAUUUUGCGAGCCAGCAAUGUUAAAGACAACUGAACUGUUUUGAUUUGUGCAACAAAAGUCCGUGAAAAUCGCACAAGACAGCUCACCUUUCAAAGAUGAUCAUACUGCCAGAGUACGUUCAAGAGCCGGAAUGGUUUCGCAUACUACGUCUUACCGUAGAGACGCUCAUCGCGUUGUUUGGCAUACUUGGAAACAUUGGAGUAGUGAUUGCUAUAUCGAGAUGCCCAUUCAUGCACAGCGUCACCAACAUGUUUAUCCGUAAUCUUGCCAUUGCUGACAUUGGUGUGCUCGUGCUGUCUUUUCCCUUCGCUGUGGUUCGAGAGCAGACGUUUUUUCAUUGGCCUUUGGGGGAAGUGAUGUGCCAAGUUAUAUAUCCCUUGUCUGAGAUUUUUAUCGGAGUGUCCGUCUGGUCCAUGGUAGUCAUUGCAGUCGAUCGAUACCGUGGAAUAGUGAAUGACAGCCACCUAAAGUCCCUCAAAAAAGCUAUCUGCAUUUGCUGCCUUCCUUGGCUCGCUUCCUUCAUUGUUAUCAGUCUCCCUCUUCUCAUCGUGACGAGCUACUGGGAAGGGUAUGGGUACAAGGACUGCUUUCAGAAAUGGCCUCAAGAGAAUUACGACGCCAUGAACCAAGGGUACACAACUGUGGCGUCCGUUUUUAACUAUGUGCUCCCAUUAACCAUCAUAUUAUGGACCUACUGGAAAAUAUUCCGUAAAAUCAACCAAAGUGAUGCCUUCAACCAAAACACGCUGAAAAAUAGGAGAGCGAACAGCGAAUCGUGUUCGCGAUUUGAGAUGAGGAGAAUGAAACGGAACAAUCGUGCGCGRAAGAUACUCACACCAGUCGUUGUGGUCUUCGCCGCUACGUUAUUACCCGUCAAYGUUUUCCGUCUCACACUGGUUUUCAUCCCGGGUCUUGUCACAUUUCGUUAUUUAUGGGUUAUCUAUAACUUCUGUAUCGUAACAACAGUGUUGAACUCGUCAUGCAAUCCUUUCAUUUACGCUUUAGURAGCGAUAACUUUCGCGUUGCGUUCAAGUCCAUGUUUACGUCAAAGAAAAACUUUCCGGUCAACAGAAGACCGUCGACUGUAGCCAUUAGUAACAGCGCGUCGCAAACCUGGCGUAAAUUGCAAUGUUUGUUUCUCARAGGAAACUCUACUAGUCAAAGUGUCACUAUUCCGUCAACGUGGUCCWCAAGCUCAUCGUGACCUACUUUGGGGUACUUGUUAUAUAAUAGAGAUUCCGUUAACCAAUGAUUCAGUAAUUGUACAUAAGAUGUGUUCUUCGUUGUGUCGCAAUARUCUAGAACUUGAGAGCUGUUGCCACUGAACAGUUCCGUAGAAAAAAUGUACGUACGUAUCGUAAAAGUUGCGGGUUGGACAGCAAGGCUUCAUUUGUUAGGACGUCACUAUUUUUUAUCUAUAAAUCAAUACAAACACCUCUACAUAGCAAACAUACAGCCAACGUUAUAUGAUGGACACCUCUAUAUCAAGACAGACACCUCUAUAUUAUGGACAAAUCUAUAGCGAACAUACAGCCACCGUCAUAUGAUGGACACCUCUAUAUCAAGACAGACACCUCUAUAUUAUGCACAAAUCUAUAGCGAACAUACAGCCACCGUCAUAUGAUGGACACCUCUAUAUUACAGACACCUCUAUAUUACGGACACCUCUAUAUUACAGACACAUCUAUAUUACGGACAAAUCUAUGAAAGAUAAAGGUCCGGCAGUACUAUAUAUAUUAUAUGUAUGAAAUAUUUUGUCAUAUUUUAACCAUCAGCCGGUGGUUUUUGAUGAUUAGUCACUGAAAUAGAUUAGAUAUCGCUCAGCACUGGUGUGUAGUAAUCGACGCAGUAGGGAUUUUUCGGAACAAACUCAACAAUCUUGUACCCAGAGCCUGCGUAACUUUCGUCMGRCGGCGAGAAAAAAAAAUGGGUCCGAUCUCUCCGCUGGCCGAAAGUUAAGCGGGCUCUAUGUACGAGAUUGGAAACUCAAGCACKUGURUCGCAGACUGCUGACUCAGGGAAGUGAUACUGACAAUGACGUCAAACUAUAAAGAACAAAAUCUGGAAUAAAAAGCUUUAUGACUCAA